GUGAGAGAGUGUGUGUGCGGGUAAAGAGGAAAGCCGUCAGUAGAAUGGAUUUGUGCCCUCUCUCCUCCACCCUUUCUUCUCCUCCUCCUCCUUUCUCUUCUCCUCCGUCUCAUCUGUCCUCCUUCAGCCUCUUCUGCCAACGUCGCACCCUGUGCACCCUCAUUGCCGGCCCUCAGGGAAACGGAGACUCGUCCAGUGGAUGGGCGGCUGAAAACUGAACUUCAAUGUCAGCAGGAGAUCAUAAGAAUGGUGGUGACAAACCAGGAGACACAGUGCCAGUGGCUGAAGCAUGGCCAGAGGUGGAGAAGGCCGAGUGUUUGGCCCGCGGUGCUGCCUUGAAGUGGGCGUCAGGUGUUUUCUGUCGGCCUGAACAUCUGGAGCGGCUGAGCCAGUACAGGAAGAGAGAGAGUCAGAGGACUGCUUCCAUACAUACCAGACUCAAGUCUAUGGUCCAGUCAUACCUGGAGGGGGUAGGCUGGGGUCUGGAGCAGCUCCAAGAGGCCAGGGCUGAGCUGAAAGAGGUGUCACACGCUUUGAAGAAAGCGGGACUGGAAUCCAACCAAAACGCAGAGGGGUUGAAGUCCCUGGAGAGGCUAAGAGAAGUGUCAGUCAACCACUAUCAGCUCCUUGCUGCUGUCAGCAACUUGCCACGACUUUACGCUGUGCGUAGCAUGGUGUUGGAGACUGAGCGUCUGGUGGAAUCCCGGCGGCUCCUUGAGGCCCACGCCCACCUGAUGGAUCUGGAGCGCUGGCAGGACGACAUCCUCUGGCAGCUCCACAGAGCUGCGGGGACGGCAGGAAGUGCACUCAGCACUGAAGACCAGGAGCUGGUGGCCAAAUAUUUCUCUGGUGUUGGGCAGCUGGUGGACGCCCUGGGUAAGGAGCUGUGGGCGGUGGUGAGCAGUGCUCUGGCUCUGGCCCGACAAAACCCCACACCAUUUGUAUCAGCAGUGAGGAUAGUGGAGCGGGAGGAAGCCCUCGACCAAGCUCUGCUGGAGGAGAGAGGGGGAAGCAGAAGCAACAGCAGGCCCCUACCCCCUGGUCGACCUCGCUGCUGGAGAGCAUUCUUCUUCCAGGCACUAGAGGAGGCUGUUUCUGCACGGUUUCGUAGCGUUUCCUACCUGCACACACGUGGUCCAGGUCUGACAGGCCACCUCUCUGCUCUCCAACAUGCUACCAUGGCUGACUUGGCCACUGUGCGCCACCUGCUGGAGCACUGUGUCCCACCACGCUAUCGGCUGACAGGAGCCUACCUGAGGGCCAGCCAUCGCUGUUUACAAGCUCACCUGGCACAGGUUAGCAGCUGGGACCUGGAGAGUGGUGAAAUCUUUGCUAUGCUCAACUGGGUUCUACACAUCUACAACAGCCCAGACAUGAUGGGUCAUCCAGAGCUGGUGACUGAGAUGGAGAAAGAAGAGCUGGGACCUCUCAUCUCCACCGAGGGACUGGAGCAGCUGCAGAACAAAUAUGUACAAAGUGUUCGGAAGAGUGUAUCAGAGUGGAUGCACAAAGCUCUACAGGUGGAGUUGCAAGACUGGCAGAGAGACCAGGAACCAGAUACAGACCAUGAAGGUUUCUACCAAACUAGCCUGCCCACUAUCAUCACACAGAUGCUGGAGGAGAACACCCGGGUGGCUCUGAUGAUUGGGGAAUCCCUACGAGAUCAGACUAUACAGAUGGGACUGUAUGAAAUGGAGAACCUUUUGAACAGGUUUCGGGAAGCUCUGGUAGAAUUUGGGAAAGUGAAUCGCAGGAAUCCGAGCAACAGCAAAACCAAGUUCUACCUCCACUAUUUGCUAGCUUCCAUCAGCAACUGCAUCAUCCUAAAAAAGUCCACAGAGAGCCUGCAGCAGCAGCAGUCAUCCCAGUCGGCAGGCCAGUUCUCUCGGACUCCUCCCAACCCACUGGCAGCUCUAGACCGGGCGGUGAGACGGGCGUGUCGCCUGGUGAUGGACCAGCUCCUAUUGGACCUUCAGCAUUUCCUUCCGGGCCUGCUGACCCGACCCUGGCUGGUCCAGGGAGACCCCACACCCAAACUCUGCCACGUCCUGGAACGUCACCUGGAACUGUAUGGCCGUGUUCGGCCACCCUGCCGACAGCGUCUGCAGGAAGAGGCUCAGUGGCUGAUGGUGGUGGAGUAUGUCAGGGCUCUGAUGCAGAAGAGGCUGGUUUGUCGCAGCAGCGAGGAGAGGAGGCAACUUGCUCAGCAGAUGGUUGAAGAUGACCAGCUCUUCAGAGAAAUCUUCCAUGGCCUGGAGGGUGAUGGGUCAGUACCUGAAGUGAACCCUUUAGCCUUACUACCCGUCCUGGCUGACUUCAUCCGACUCAAAGACCCCAGCAUGCUCACUCUGGAAGUGUCAGGACUUGCAGCCAAAUACCCCGACAUCAGUGAGGAGCAUGUGUCUGUACUGCUAGACAUUCGCGGUGAUGUCUCCAGGGAAAUCAGAGGGGCUGUGUUGGACUUGCUGGAGCAGAGCGCCCCCCCUCUGCCAGCAGGAUAUCGGCCGAUCUUCACUGACAUCCUGGUGCCUCCCACCACCAUGUCCUUCUGUUUGCCCACUGCCAAGUGCGCAUGACUGCAAGAACUAAAACCUUGUCCUGUACUCAGUUUUUCAAAUCAGGGUGGAUCUGGUUCUUAGAUGGAUUGUCAAGUCAGGUCCCCUUAGCUUGAUGUAACACUAAAAAAAUGCAGUACCAAGCAGAAAAAUGCUGUUGAAUCUGUUCCUGCUGUGUUUCAUUAUUUAUCCAGGGAGCAACAACUAAGUCCCUGUUUUUUCUUCAGCACCACCCUGCUUCACACUCACAAUGUUACACACAUCAUUCAUACUGGGAGCUGCCCAGUCCCACCUUCAGUCUUCCUUGUCACCCACUGAAGUAGGUUGAGGCUUCAGGGCAUUGCUCCUUAACAAUAGUUAUUAGUGAUAUUCAUAUUCAUAUUCAUAUUCAUAUUCAUAUUCAUAUUCAUAUUCAUAUUCAUAUUCAUAUUCAUUUCCUUCACCUACAUUGUACCAGGGAUUUGAGCUGGUCCUUGCUGGUUCAGGUCUAACUUAAGUUACUUCAGAAACUCAUUAGUCUAAAUCGGUGAGCCACUGUGGCUGAUUUGGUAACAAGGCUUUAAAUGCUAAAUGGACUACACUUAAAUAGCGCUUUUCUAGUCUCAUCGACCGCUCAAAGCGCUUUACACUAAAUGCAACAUUCACCCAUUCACACACACAUUCAUACAUCUUAUUCAUACACACACCCGCACAUACUGACGGCUCAGCGAUCGUGGCAAUUUGCGGUUCAGUACCUUGCCUAAGGACACAUCAACAUACACACUGGAGGAGCCGGAAAUCGAACCACCGACCUUCUGGUUAGUGAACAACCCGCUCUACCUACCUGAGCCACAGCCGCCCCCUUAAAAAUGUUACCAGUAAAACAAGAUCUUCAACUCUGUUACAAGUUUUCGUUAUGUGUCUCAGUUAUUUGUGCUACAGAUUUAAAAAUGCAUUAAGCAGCUUUGAACAGCAAGAAUAGCUGUUUUCUUCUUCUCACUCAGAAAUCAUUUAAAAUGACGAGUAAAAAACGCGUGGCACUGCAAUGUUUCAUUUCAUGGUGAGCCUCAGAGUCAUUGUGAAUGGAUUCAGAUGGAGAGGGUUAAAGUAAAAUCAGAAUAAAACAUCAUUAUGCUCAUUUCUAUUAUAAUCAAUGAAAGGUCAAACUAUGGUUACAGCAUCAUGUACAAAUAGAAGAGAAUGUAGUCCGCAAAGCGUACUGGUGGCUGUUUUGCAAUAUGUAACAGAUGAAGGUUGUUGUUUGAAUUACAAUGUACGGUAUGUUUUCAGUGAGGACUACUGGACUGUGAACAGUCCUACCUGAGGAACUUAUGCUGCUAAUUCAUUACCUAUAAAUCUCCCUUAAAAUCACUUUUUCAUUAAUCCGUCUAUGCAUUUUUAUUUUCUCCAAGUUUACCUUGGGUGGUUGCUUAUAUUGGGUGUUAACUGAUUUUUUAAAUGUAUUUAUUGUAUUUAUAUAAUUUUCAACUGUUUGAUUUUGAAUAGUGUUUCCCGCUUGUAUUUCAAAAGGUAUUUUGCUUGUUCUGGUUCAAUGACAACCUCUAAAGCACAUUGUUAACU